UGCAAAGAAAAAAUGGUGUUCAUGUUGAGGAAAAGUUUAGUUUUUCUUUCAUAAAAUAAAACAAACAUACUUUAUGUGUACAAUUUUAUAUGCUAGGCGCGAUAUGGAUUCCUAAACAGUAAAAUUUGAGUAAAAGAAUACUAACGAAACGUGCACAAUUUACAUUGACAUCCUGCUGCUGAAAGAAGUCCCAAAAGCUAUUACCGGUUUUAGCAAAUAAAAUGAAUCCGACUAUUGGAAAGUCGGCAGCUGCAGCAACGACAACUACCGCAGCUCAGUUGCUCAGUUGUGCACCCAGUGCAGCCGAGAAAAACAAGCAAUGGCAGCGGGAAUUACUCAUGGAGCGAAUUCGGUCUCGCGGAAACCAACACAAAACCUUUGCUGAACUUUCAAAAGCUAUGCGUAUGUCUAUGCUGGAAAAACGUUACGCACUUGAUGCGGUAGAGAAGGCCAAUUUACAAAAAUGUCUCGACAGCAUGCAGCACUGCAUAAAGGUAACAUCGAGACAGGGCUUAGUCGAACGUCUGGAAAGUUUAUCACGACAGCUGGGACUAAAGUUCAUGGAAGAUACAUCGGGGUUAUUUAUUUCGACUGAUAUGUUCUUCUUGGAAAUUAUUUUGGAUGCGAAUGGUGCACUCACCGAUGUGAAAGUGCAUCAUGAGUGUAAAAUUGAGCAGCAAUCCUGCAGUGAAUUGGUGAAUUGUUUGAAUAAUGGAGAUUUCGCUGAUUUCACUGUGCAACUAGAAGGACUCUCCUCCAUCUAUCAAUUGAAUGCAGAACCAAAAGUUAAAACAAAAGCCUUUGUUGCAUUGCAAGCAAUGGAAACAGAUCUGUACAAUCUUUUUCAAAUUCAAAAUUUCACCAAAGAUACCCAACAACUGAUUAAAGUAUCAUCGGUGGGUUUGGUGUUGAAACGACGUGGUGGUCAUCCUAUGAAGCUGAUCUAUUUCGUUCCGCCUUAUGAUCUUUUAUCGCUCGAGUCCAAAUCGUUGCAACCGCUCACUACAGAUUUGAUUACGAGCAAAGAUAUCGGAUUUAGUGUGACAGUAAAUUUGGAGGCUUCGUCGGCCAACAAGUUGCAAAUCCUACCCAUUGUGAGCGUAACUAAUGAUCCUCAAACUGGUCUGGAUGUGCCCAUUUAUGCGCCGUUGAAUCAACAAAACUCGAUGCUCUUACCAGCAACAUUUGUGCUACGAUUAAACAAACCGCUGCCCGUGUGCCAUGCCUCUUUAAGGGCACUCGGCGUACCAUUGGGUGUCGCGUCGGACAGCGCAAGUGGCAUUGAAUCGCUAGACAAAAAGGAACUUGUUACCUCAUCAAUUAUGGAUCUGGUAGUUCAAACGGCCUCAGAUCAGCAGCUGAAGAACUCGCAGAAGGGAUUGUUUGUAAAUUUGCCUGAUCAGACGCAAUGCUAUUUCUUUACCGAAAACAAACACUUGCAGGCCACCCUAAUCUCUUCCAUUCCUUUUACGGAGCCGAUUCAAGUACCAAAAAUAUUAAACUUUCUCAAAAGACAAGCACUUUUCUAUUCAUUGUUGGCUAGUUGUGUGCGUACACAGUCAAAAAUGGGCAAUGACAUGGAAUCGACCACCAUACUCGAGGUGAACGCUAUUUCCUUUAAGCAGAUUAGCGUUUCACUUCAACACCCCUACGAGGAAUCAAUGGCUACUGUGGAGUUCGACUUGCGCGAUGGCAAUGUAAAAUGUACAAUCUACUCCCUUACGAAUAACUACGAUUUGCUUUCUUUGAAACUCACAAAAAUAGUUGAAACGUGCUUAUCCAUACCUGUGACCAUACGUGCCUUACUCAAGUUGUGGGAUCAGGAAAGAUUGAAAAUGUUCCAACGCAGCAUUGGUGGUGGCGUUGGCGGUGGCAUGGGUGGUUUGGGUAGCACGGGCGCCUGUAGUGGCACCGGCUCAGGUGGCUAUGUAAAUUUUAAUAUGGGUGUUGGUCCAAAUGAUUCGGGUGGUGGUACUGGCGUACGAGGCGGCAGUGCCGUAAAAAUGGAACCAAACACACGACAGCUGCAGCAAAUGCCUUCUAUGGUUUCUGCAUCGGCCACGUUAGGUGGUGGUGGUAGUUCAGCUUGUAGUGGUGCUGCCGGCUUGUCAGGGUUUCUUCAAUAUAAACCAGAAAUGAAGCAAGAGGAUUUUCAUGACAGCCCAAAGAGUCAAAUGCAAAAUAGUUUGACGCUGCAUUCUGCUGAGAGCAGCUCUUUGGGCGGCUUACACCACCUUCAGCAAACGCAGCAGCAGCAACAGCAGUCACAACAACAGCAACAACAACCAACACUACUUGAUCAACUAGCUACUGGCAAGCAAUCGGAAAUAGAAAUUGCAGAUAAGUACAAGAAUAUUUGGAUGGAUAAAACGACCAAUUUGAAGAACUGUGUCAGCAUAACACCAAUUUCGCCGGACAGCAACAGCAGGGGCGCUUCGCAGCAGCAAGGUGUUGAUGUGAAACGCGCUGUCGGCAUUGAAAUUAUACCGUUGACUUCGCAAUGUGGUGCUGCAAAUGGCGGCAAUGGCAGUAGUGGCGCUGCAGCAAUUACAACCGGCGUCGCUGUUUCGCAACCCGGCAUCAACACGUCGUCCACCAUCACUAUAACACCCAUAAAUGCUGUCGGUGGCAGCAAUAACGCUGGCAAAGAUAAGAAGUCAAGCAACAGUAACCCAGUCGUAGGCGGCAAUGUUCUAUCCACUAAUACGGGCAUGUCGUCUGGCGCCAACAAACGCCAAUUGGAUGGACCAUCUUCCACGGACGGGCAAAAAGAGAAGAAACGCAAAAAGAAGCGGGACGAUUCGCCAAUGGGUCCACCGGAAAAAGUUUACUCUCGUCAAAACUCACCCGCCGCCACAAGUGAAGCGGCCGCUACAGUGGUGGCACGCAAAUUUUCUUCGCCAUCCUCCUCACCCAAAGGUGGCAGCAGUGGUGGCAUGUUGAACAGUGGCAGCUCAGCUGCAACACUUGCCGCUGCUGGCAAUGCUGCUUUACUGUCGACACGUCCCAGCCCGAAACAUUCGCCCGUCUAUAGUAGUCCGAAGCACACAAACACCGCAUCGAAUAGUCCGAAAUCACCCUUCGGCACACACUCGCCGAAGCAUGGCUCAUCGGGCAAACCGAGUAUGUCCACAUUAAAAAGUGCCACUGCAACCAGUCUCAGUCCGAAAGGUGACAAAAGCGGUUGUGGCAGCGGCAGUGGCUUAGUUGGCUCUACGGGAGGCCUUUCAGCGGCGGCAGCUGCAGGAGUGGCGGCCGCAAAUGCUGUGAAAUCUGCAAUGGGAGUGGGCGGCUUAGGUGUUGUUGGCAUGCAACAAAUGAAGACAAUGAAUCACUUAGCUGCACCGACGACGAUGAAUACAACUGCCGGUGGCUACGGUGGUGUUUCGAAUAUGGGCAAUAUAGGUGGUGGCGGUGGUGGCGUAGGACAGUUGAUGAGUGGCAAUGGAGCAGGCACUGGCAUGGAUAUGAAUGCGGCAGCGUCACAAGCGGCAGCUAUGCGCAAAGUAGUUGGCGGCGCGGUUAGUUCGAUGGCGUCAACGAUGUCAGUCGCGCCAACAACAGCAACAGCAACUCUAGCGUACCCGGCAGCGCAACCGCUGCUGCCGCCGCAACCCUCGCCGCCGGCCAUUGGCAGCAGUGAGUCGCAACGGGGUGAAGAAUGUGCCGAGUCUAUAGACCAGCAAUCCAGCUCUUCCGAAUAUAUGGUGAAGUCGAGUCAAGAGGGUCUAAAGCUGACUAUCAACAAGACAAGCAGUGGUGGCAAAUCUAGCGUCAGCAGCAGCAGCAGUGGUGAAGGUGGUGGCAGUGGUGCUGCAGUCAGCACUUGUACGUCUGCUACAAUAGCAACAACGAAGGGUGGUGCCAAGCCAAGUAGCGCUGCAAGUGCGAAUUCAACAAGUAAGCGACAACAUACUGGUCUCAAGCCAGGCGUCAAUAGCGGACCAGCCUCAAAAAAAUUGUCGCUAGCAAAGUCAUCAAACAAGAAAAGUGCCACAUCGAAACAUCCAUUCCAGAAAUCCAAUUCUUCGGGUAGCCUAUCAACAAAAGCUGCAGGCUCUAGCACUGCUCCGCCUGCUGCUAGUGGUGGUUUGACUAAGAGUUAUAGCACAAAUUCAUUUGGUGACUUGAUCGGCGGCACAGGCUCACUGCGCAAAUCAUCAAAAAAAUCAUCUAGCUCAAACAGCGGUGGCACAUCUUCCAUCACAUCAGCACCAACACAACCUGCCACACGUAUGGACCACCAAGCGGAUAUGUUGAAAAUAUUACAGUAUGCUUCACCCACAAUGGCGGCCAAUAUGGAGGGUUUUAUGAAGGGCCUCAAUAGCAAAUUUCAAAUACCAAAACUAUCACAACGCGCCACGAAUACAACUGCAGCGACCAAUUGCACACAAUCGGCACCUACAACGCACACUGCACAACAACAGACACUAACGUCAGCGUUGGGCGUUGCAAGCGAUAGUAGUAGCGGUAGUGGUGUGACCGGGUCAAAAGUGAAUAACCAUGCCAAUGAAGCCUUAAAACAGCAACAAGCGCAAAAUCAGCUUACAAAGUCAGCCUCCUCGAAUGUGCGCUCGUCACCACUGUACCCCGAAAUGUCGGGUGACACAUCAUCGCCACCAAUCGGUUUCCAACACACUGCCACGUCAAUGCAAUUAAAUGCAAAUUACCAUUUGCAACAAACAUCGGAAGGCGUACAAAUGCAACAGCAAAAUAUAAAUCCCCGUCAGCAGCAGCAGCAGCACCAACAACAACAACAACAACACACUUAUAAUGCAAAUGUCCAACCACAGGCAUCGAUGACCGUUGAAUAUCACCAAACAAGUCAAGUUGCCACCGAUGAGGCAACAUUUAUGCCAAGCGUUGCUGCUGCGCCCGCGUCAUCGGCUGGACUCGCCGGUAAAUGACAUUUAUUAUUUGGUUUCUCUUAUAUUUUCUUAAUUAUGGUAUAUUUUUAAUUCAUUAUGUUAGGCUGAAGGACUUUGCUUGUCAGUUGCGAGCAUACACUUUGGUACCGUUAGGCUUAGGGAGAUCACUUAAAAAUUAUGUACUUAAAAUUCAUCAACUCCCGUAAACAAAUUGUGCAACAUAAUAAGCAAUAUGUUAUUAAUUUCUGUAAAAAAAAAAAACAAAUAUUUUUGCUAAUCUUUUCGAAUAUAAGCCAUAAAAAUAUAGAGCUCGCGUACGCGGAAUUAUUAAGUGCAUUAACCCUUUUGCAUCACGUUUACUGUUUGUUCUAAUGCAAAAUAAUGUUGCAGAAUUACCAAAAAUAUUUAUUUUCCUCAAACUUUAACGAAAAAAAAAUAUUUAUUGUGGAUUAUUCCGUUCUUGGUGAUAAGGACAGAGUUUUUGUUCGCGGAUUAUCCCGUCGAAUGAUGCAAAAGGCUUUAAUGUAAAUGUGCGCCUGAAAAUAUGCAACGACCAUAACAUUCUUAAAAAAGAAAAGCAGACAUUUUAUUUUCUAGAAAAUACAAUUAAUUUAAUCGAAUUACUGUACAUGGCUCUAUGUUCCAAUUUUUUUCUUUUCGCGGAUGAGGAGGUUUAAAUGCCUAAUGCAUCAUCAAAGUUGCCAUCGUAGCAGUGGUAUGUCAGGAACUAAAAAAAUAUUCCCAUGGCAGCUGGUUGGUUCUACGUUACCGGAAUGACUCGAGUUGUUCCCGACCAAGGGCUGCCGCCCCAGUAAACUAGGCCUGUCUAGUGUACCCUAUACCCAGAAAUUAAAAAGUUCGCACUCGUUUGGAACCGUCACCCCCACCUGGGACCGCUUUCGCGUCAUUUCAGAGUGGCGCUUCAUCUUUCUCAUGGCAAGAUCUAUGAGAUCCAACUGGAAAAAGUUAAACACCUGCGCUAUCAGUAGAUAAACGUGGCCCGAAUGGCGCAUGCGUCGCACCAAGGGUCUACUCAAAUUAAGUAGGAAAGACUUAAGAACCGUAGUAGGUGUAAUAGGAAGACAUACCAGUAGAUUAGGGGCACCAUCUUAUGACUAUUGCGUAAGUCAAACACCUUCUAUGCGGGUGCAUGGCUCUGUGUAAAAGCCGGUUGAGACUGCUCAGUCUCGCUUUUCUGGACAACAUUGCGGAUGUUGCGAAUAUCAAGCUAGCUAGUAUAGCCAGCUUUUUAAAGGUCAUACACAAUGGUUUAAAGAGGACCAAGUAUAGUAAGGAUAGGAUAGUUUCGGUAGUAUCACACGGGGCCUCUAAUUGGCCUAUGUGCGUCGAAGGAUAUCCACUUCAACUAACCCUAACCUAUGAUCUAUGCUUGUGUGUCUGCGUUCAGAUCCCGCUUUUUCAGUCGGAGUGCAUUUUCCGCGAAUCCACUGCUGAUUUCUCACGUUUCCUCGCUGCUUAGCAUCUUGACCGACUGAAUUUUCCAACGCUCGACGCUCUUGUUUCCAACGCAUGCAUGGGAAAAAGGUGUGUUCAGCGUCAUUUUCGGCUGCAUAUGCAUGUAAGGUGUUCGCCCUAUUUUGAACAGGUAUUUCUGAAAAUACCUGUGUCACGAAAGAAAUUGUGUUGCAUAAGAAUUUACUUCACCGACGUUCCUACUGUACCAUGUAGCGAAAUAUUUUAUUAGCCUAGUCAUACAUCUGCCACGUGUUUUGUCUCUCCAUAGUGAUCUUGUCAUAGCUUUAUCGUUUCGUCCUUUAAUUCGCGCGCUGCAAGUUUGCCAACUCCUUCUUCCAUAACCUCGUUCUCAACAACUUUUUCCUUUCGAAGGCUAGUAAAUCAAUCGGUAUUGCACCGCUUAGUGAUAAGCAGCAGUCCCUGAUACUGUGCGGUAGACAGACACAACUUUCAGAGCUGCCGUACCAAUGCUAGGAGUUUUUCCUGGUGAUUCACCUCUAGCGCAUUUGUCCACAAUUCAUGACGUGACCGGAACGCCCAGGAUUUAUAUUCGGCCAAGUACUGUAGUCUCAGCAACAUUUCUCGUGUAUGUAUGGGGAAUGUUUAUGCUGCUAGAACACCAAUAACAACAGAACGUAGUUCGUUCCCUAUGUUGGUUCUUAGCGGCUUUCUGGGCUGCGUGUUUUAUUUGUCCUCAGAAACUUAGUCUUGUGUCCAGUCUUAUGCCUAAGUAUGUACUUGGAAACCUUUUUUGUGCAGGUAUUUUCCCAACUCCAUCUCGCUUUCGCAAUUAUAUUAGCCGUAUUUCAACUGACUACCGACACACAAAAAAAAUUAUAAUAAUAAGAUUGCUUGGUUUGUCUCUGCAAAUAUGUAUGAAUUUCAAAACCCCUUUGGUGGCUCCACAAGAUUAGUCUCUCAAGUAAUAUCUUUGCUGCCACUUACCCAGCUAUGUGCGAGUUUAAGGCUCAGCUCUUUAUUUGAAAUUCUUAUUUAACGUAUAUGAAGAUGUUUCUUAUGGAUUUUACUUAUCAGGUAACCACUGAAUCUGGCUUCGAUUAUUUCAGGCGUGGUGCAUAUUUGCACCUUCUAUGUCUUACAUUUGGCAGUUCACAUUCUGUGUAUUGUUAUUGCAUAUGGAAUUGUGAACAGUAGUGUGAAUUCUAACAGAAGCGGUGCUAAAAUUACAGUUACUAUUUGUUGCUUGAGGUAAACAUAAGUGGCAUGCCUGAAAGUAUGCAAUAUACUUAGUCUUGUCAUAAAUUCUGUGACAACUUUUAGAAUGCGUGGGGCGAGAAUAAAAUCAAUUUGAACGAACAAUUUUGUUCGUAUGCAUCGUCAACUCAUUAAUUAUGCUCAGUUUCGUGGCAAAUUUCGCUUGUUAACCAUGGAUUGAGGGGGGAGCUAAGGCAAAUCGCAUUGGACUACAGUUUGUGGUCAGAAUUAGAGAACAUGGCCUGUCGACGAAGGCUUCACAGAAAUUUGGAAAGCUUCAUACAAUCUUCGGUGCGAGCAGCGACGUCAAUAUCCAUGUGCACGAGCUGAUGGGCCUUAUCGUUUGAAGGCUUCUGUAAAAGCAAAUGGUGAUUGUUUCGCAAGAAAAUUUAAAUAUUUUUUACUUAAGGGGUUAUAUACAGUUAGAAGGCCGAGAAAACUUUUAAACUUAUUGAUCUAAAAAUUUGUACACAUAUUAUGUUAUCUUUUAGCUGUAUUUUAAGACCCAGUAUUAGUAAAAAUAUUUAUUUGGAAAGGUGCUAUAGCUGAUCUCCUGGAGCUCCUUUCAAAAAAGGCGUUUUGCGGUGACCACUACAUCUUUGAACUGA